AAAACAAUUAUUUUCUUGCUUUUUUUUUACUUCUCCCGAAACCAAAAAUCGGUACGAAAAUCAAAUAAUCUGAAUAAAUUCCCAAGUCGAUAAGUAUGUGUUAAUUAAUCAGCCUUACAAAAUAAUGUUUUUAUUUUUGCGGUGUUUAAGUUAAAAGGAAUAAAGUACUGAAAAGUGCAUAAUUAUAUGUGUGUGUUGGUGUAUCCAUAGGUGCAUAUGUUUGUGCGUACUCAAUAUACAAUUUGAGCUCCAAAAACAGUUCUCGGAAGCAGGAAACUGUAAACAAGAAACACACUCAAACUGAAGACGACUCGGCGGCCCGGCUCUCACUUGCAUUUUUGUGUUCGUUUUGCUCCCCCAAUUUGUGUUUCUUGCUACACGCCCCACGCCACGCCCCAACCCCCCGGUUCUAUGCGUCUGGCCUAAACAGCAGCCACAGCCACACAGCAACAACGUUAACAACAAAAUUUAUUAUUGCAACAACAGCAACAACAAAAGGAAGCAAAACUGCAACCCACGCAAGCAACAAAAAACAACAACAACCACCGAACCGCCGAACAACAACAACAACAACUAAAAGUCUGCGUCUCAGCCUCUGCUCUCUCUCUCUCACUCUUUCGCUUUGAACCACAUACAACUGUAAACGUGUCGUCGUCGCGACUUAAAGCUGUGCCUGCCCGCUGUGCCUCGCCUCUACCUCGCUCUUUCGCUAAACUAAAUCGCUCUGUGUGUGCGUCGUCGUCAUCAUCGUCAUCGUGUUGCGUACGUGCGUGCGUCUGUGCCUGUGUGUGUGUGUGUGUGUGUCUCCAAAGUGAAGGUGUGUACGGGGCGUGGGUGUGUGAGAGUACGAGAGUGCGUAUUGAGACGCGUCGUCGGCUAUGUCAGCGGGCAUAAAUGCGCUAAUACAAGCGGUGCUCUUCCUUGAGCAGAAUGAGAAGCCCCCGCAGGCGGGAGGAGGAGGAGCUGGUGGUGGGAUCGGCCUGGUGCCGCAGCCGAUGCCGCUGCACUGCAUCAAUGGGAAUGUCGGUUAUCGGAGCAGCAAGAGCAUCGGUAUACCCACCAACAACAACAACAACAACAACAACAGCGCGAGUCAGCACAAUAGAAACACAACGGGGAGUAACGGCAUCAUUGGCAGCAUUGCUGCGGCAGCGGCAGCAUCGUCAUCAUCAUCGUUGUCGGGUUCCGUGUAUGCAAACGGAAAUGGUAACGGUAAUGGCCACAACAGCAUCAGCGAUCGGAGCAACAGCAGCAGCUGCGGCAGCAACAGCAACAGUCCACGCAGUCAAUUGGUGGCAAACGGCGGUGCUGGCCAUGAUUACGACUACGUUGGCAGCGUCAGCGUUGUUGCACCCACCACUGCCGCCGCCCAUGGACAAUUGGAGGCGUCAUCGCUGCGCCACAGCGAAGGUCGCACCAUUAUCUCGGAGGAUGAAAACUCCUCGUCCAACUCCAACAACUCCUACUCGCGACUGCUGCAACACCAACAGCUACAGAAGCAACUAAAUACAACAUCAGUGAUAGCAGCGAGCAGAGCAGUGGUAGCGGCAGAAAGAGGCAGUAGCCCAAACUCUCCAACGUCUCCCGUCAAAUCUCCCACCUCCAACGCCACUUCAGCCGCCGCCUCCGUGGCUUUCAUUCUGCGGGCGAACGCCAGUGGCGCGGCCCCAACCUUGAUCCAUCAGGCUGCAAAGCACAAACUGAGCAACGGCAGCGGCAGUGGCAGUGUCACUAGUGGCGGUGGAUCGGAGAUUCCGCGCAAAUAUCUGCUGGUGUCGGAUGGCAAGGGCAGUGUCUACCCGGCGCCAGACAGCGGCACCAGUGCGACAGCGGCAGGAGGCUCCACCGCUAUUGCAUCCGCGGCCGCCUCCGCCUUUCUGUUGGGUGCCAGCCAUGGGGUAGGCGUGGGCAAUGCCAUUUGGCAGGAGAGUCAGCGGCACCACCCCCAGCACCAGCAACAGAAGAAUGUCCUGGGGAAGACAGGGAUACCACUCACCCCGCCACCGAUGCCCACACGCAAAGCGGCCGACACGAAUGCCCGUAUACGCUCGUACUCACUGUCCUCCCAUAAAUUUUCAGCGCCCGGCCAAGGCGACAGCCAGCAGCACCACCACCCACUGGGCUAUGUGAAUGGCGGACGGGUGGUGGGCGGCGCCAGCAGCUCCUACCGCCAGCCCAUCAAUGUCCAGGCGGCAGCGAGCGCGGCGGCAGCAGCCGCCGCAGCAGCGUCGAUAGCCAGCAGCUCCUCCGUUUCGACAUCGGCGCCAGCGGUGGGAUCACAGCUAAGCCACGGCGGACGGAGGCGCACAACCAGCUCCAACAGCAACGGAGCUGGGACUCGGGAGGUGCACAACAAGCUGGAGAAGAACCGUCGGGCCCAGCUGAAGGAGUGCUACGAUCAGCUGAAGAGGGAGCUUCCCAUGGGGGACGAGGAUCGCAAGAAGACCUCCAAUUUGAUAAUACUCGAUACGGCCCAUAAAUAUGUCAAGCAAUUGAGGCAGCGGGAUCGCGAACAGGAGGCGGAGGCGGAGCGUCUGGCCAAGCAGAAGAUUGAGCUGCAAAAGCGAUUGAAUAGCUUGAAAAGGGACACCGACCAGCAGAGCAUUCCACUGAAUGAAAAAGCCGUUUGCCUGGCGGCCGGCUCAUCAGCAUCCGCAACAGCCAGUGGACGCAACGGAACAACCAUACUGUUUGAUGCCACAACAGCCUCUGUCUGUGCAACUGGGCUAACAACUGUGAUAAGCAAAACGAAUGCAACAACACCAGCAGCAACCGCCGCCGCCGCCGCCGCAGCAGCAGCAACAGUGGGUGGAGGAUUAGGAGCCGGAACCAACUCCAAGCACAUCUCCUCUGCCAGCGGGAAAGCUGUGGCUGUGUCUGUCGCUACUGCUGGAAACCACUUGAUCUCCGGUAAUGGAAAUGGAAAUGGGAAUGGAAACGGAAACGGGACCACCACCGGAACAGCCAUCAUGACAAUUAAGAACGGCAGCAUUCUGGCCAUCUCACCAACGGCCAUCCAGCAUAACUCCCAGCACAGCAGUCCGGCGGGCAGUCCCACGAGCGUGACGAUGGGUGCAACCGCAACACGUGGUUCGCCCACACCAUCGACGCCGUCGCCAUCGCCCAGCUCCUCGUCGAGCGGUGUCUCGUCGUCGGCCUCAUUCAUGAGCUCCUCAUCAUCAUCGUCGUCCUCCUCCUCAUCCUCGUCGUCGUCGUCCAGCUCAUCGUCAAGCUCCUCAUCGUCGCCCACACAGACGACGACCGCGCAUCUAUUGGGAUCGCGCAGCGUUGGCCUCAAGUAUCAUGGGGCCGCAGGUGGCCCUGGCACCGCCCUAAAUGGAGGCGCCACCAUAGUGGCAACCGCAGUGCCAUCAGCUGCGGGAUCAGCGAAUGGUUUCCAUCAGGCGGACAAGGAUCGUAAUUACAAUUUCUUGAUGCUCAGUGCUGGCACAACGGCGCAGUAAUUUUGUGGAGGAAGCAGGAACAGCCAACAGUCAACAAACAAUUACAACAACUAUAACAAUAAAAAAAAGAAACAACAACAACAACAGCAACAACAACUGAAUUGUGUGCAACAGCUCCCACCUUAUAAAAUGUAACAACACCAACAAAAACUAUGAGAAGAUGAACUAGAAACCAAUGAUAUAACAAAUGAUGAUUGUUCUUCAAGAAUCUUCAAAUUCUCUUUGUCAACAACAACAACAACACCACCACUUGGCAUAAACACACACACAACCUACACACCACACACACAUCGAUUUCAACAAAAGCAAACAAUUACAUUUGUUGCAACAACAACAAACAGUUCCGCCCAACAUUUAGCAUCGAUUUUGAAAAUCAUUGUGUAAAAGAGAGCAAAGAAAGAUAGAUGGAGAUAGAGGAAAGGUAUUUUUUAAUAGAUGAUUUUACACCAAAACAAGCGACAACAGCAACAGUGGAGAAAACAAACACACACACACACCAACAAAACAUUUCAACAACAGGAAAAUGGGAAAAUAUAAGAAAACUUCAACAACAACAAACAGCAACAUGUGCAACAAUAAUCAACAACUCGCCACAACAUUUGCAACAAUAAUCAACAACUAGCCACGACAUUUUCAACAAUAAUCAACCACAAUCAAGACCAAUCAUAUGAAGAACUACCAACAAGAACAGCAAUAAAAAAAAAGAAAAAUCAACAACCAGAGGAACAAUAAAAAAAAAAC